UUUUUUCUUUUUGUAAAUAUUAAAAACCUAGGCCUCAAAUUACACAAUUUCAUUUUCAAACCGAAAUUUGCCCAAAUUUUUGCCCGUUCUACAGUGCAGCUAUCUUGCAACAGCAACCAAAAUAUCAUCGAUUCGCAGAAAAAGGAAGCAAAAUCUCAAUAUCUCGAAUGGAUCCGGAGGCUGCACGUACAGCUCGUGAUUCACUGGAGCUUGUAUUUCAUAUGUCGAAUAUUCUGGACACUGGCCUCGAUCGUCACUCUCUUUCUGUUUUGAUUUCCCUCAGCGAUUUGGGUCUUAACCCUGAAGCAUUGGCUGCUGUAAUUAAAGAGCUUCGCCAAGAAAACCCCUCGUCUGCACCUGCUUCUGCUUCUCAUCAAAGGACAAUGCCCCCCUCAGUGCCUUAGCCAGGUUAAUCUUUAGUGGAUUUGUCAAAUUUCAGGAAAAGCUCUUGGUUUUCGGCUUCUUUUUUUCUCACUGUUAAUUUUGUGUGUAGUUUCUCUCUGUCUUCAUUGGGUAUUAAGCACAAGGUGUAAUGUAUUAUGCUGCUUUGUCUCUUUACCAAAACAAAGUAGUUGUGUAUGCUUGUUAUUGACUGUAUGUUCUUGUAAUGUGCAUUAGCUGAUAUUUAUUGACUUCAUUUGUAGUUUAAAUGAUUAUGGUUGUCCAAUCCAAAGAUUGGAUUUUUAUUUAA